CUUUACAGGAACAGACACAGGAAGUCGCGGGUCAACCUGAUGAUCAUGCACCUGGCGGCAGCGGACCUCCUCGUCACGCUUAUCAACUUUCCAUUGGAGGUCGGGUGGCGGGUGACGACGCAGUGGCUGGCGGGCAACCUGGCGUGCAAAAUGUUCCAGUUCAUGCGGGCGUUCGGGCUGUACCUGUCCUCCCUCGUGCUGGUCUGCAUCAGCCUCGACAGGUACUUCGCCAUCGUACACCCGCUAAAGGUGAACGACGCCCAAAGGAGAGGAAAAAUGAUGGUGUGUUUGGCGUGGAGUGUGGCAGCUGUGUGCUCCCUGCCGCAGAGCGUGAUCUUCCACGUGGACAGCCACCCGCAGUUCCCUCAGUUCAAGCAGUGCGUCACCUUCGGGUUCUUCCGCACCCAUACGGAGGAGGCGGCCUACAACCUGUUCGGGCUGGCCGCCAUGUACUUCCUGCCGCUCACCAUCAUCAUCAUCGUCUACUUCAGGAUACUGUGGGAGAUAUCGCAGAAGUCAAAGGAUUCAGAAGAACCAAAGAAGAGGAAAGGGCGAGGUGGAAGCAUUGGUGGAGUAGGAAGAGGAGGAGGACUGGGCAGCAAGAAGACUGGAGGAGGGGAGAAUCACCCUGGAGGAGGAGGAGGGAGGUUGAGGCUGAGGAGGAGUGACAUGAGCAACAUCGAGAGGGCGCGGGCGAGAACGUUGAGGAUGACCGUGAUUAUCGUGCUGGCUUUCGUGUGGUGCUGGACGCCCUACGUUAUCAUCAUGAUGUGGUAUACGUUUGACCGAGCGAGCGCCGAGCAGGUCGACAAGAGGCUGCAAGACAGUCUGUUCAUCAUGGCGGUGAGUAACAGCUGCGUCAACCCCAUCGUCUACGGCACAUACACCAUCAACCUGCGCGGCGAGCUGGACAAGUGCUUCGGGCGGCGGCGGGGCGGUGGCGGGCGGGGCAUCAGUGGUGUGAACUCGUCCCUGCACCACGUCACUACUCGAAGAUCCACGACAGGUCACUCCAUCGUGGUGAGGUCAACCGUGGCGUCCCAAGGGGGGGUCAGCACCUGCCACAAGACCUCUCUCACUCAGCUGUCCGGUCGCAAGCCAAGCAUUCAAGGGGCGUCUAACCCUCCCCGGGCACCUCCAAAACCCUUCCCACACCAGGACGUAGGAUCAUCUUGCGUCAUGAUCGAGAUGGAACCCCAAGUCUCCCUCAACCCUCCUCCUGAUCCUAUGAAAGGCGAUCCUUGGCCUGGAAAGGAGUCAAAGGAUACAAAUAUGAAGGAUCCUUCUCUCAAUCCUCCUUCUGAUCCUAUGAAAGGGGAUUCUUGGCCUGGAAAGGAGUCAAAGGAACCAAACAUAAAGGAUCCUUCUCUCAAUCCUUUAGGAGGCGAUUCUUGGGCCCAAAGCAAGUCAAGGGAUGCGAAUAAGGACUCCCCUGAAGACCUGGUGCCAAUGACCUCCCUUGUGCCCGGGUUGGAGGUCAAUGCUGGGUCAGAGGCGGCGGGGAGGGAGAAUGGAGUGGCUGGUGGUGGUGAUGGUGGUGGUGGCGGUGGUGUUGUGGUGUUGACCGCUUGCUAAAUGUGCUCUCUCUCUCUCUUCUUUAUUGCUUUCUUCCUUAAUUUUUUUUCACAUUAUAUUUCUUUCUCUUCUUAAUUUCUUUUUCUUCUUUAUCAUUUUACAUUCUCUCUCUCUCUCUAAAUGUAAGAUAACGUCACCAAAGUCUCUCUAAGUGUGCUAAUAGUCUUAAAAUUGCUUAAUGUUUGUGUUAAUGUGUGUGUGUGUGUGUGUGUGUGUGUGUGUGUGUGUGUGUGUGUGUUAAUAGGUCUUGACUCACCACAGGAGGGCCAAUGUUCCUUCCUUCCUUAUUUUUUUUUUCUUCUUCCUUUCUUUGUCUUCCUUCCUCCCCUUCUUGCUUUCUUUCCUCCUUCCUUCCUUCAUUUCUUUCUUCUUUUCUCCCUAUGUACAUUAACUUAUUAUUAUUAUUCUUGGGGUGAAAUACUCGAUUCUUUCCUCUUUUCCUUGUACAUUGAGUGGUGUCUGUGUGAGGGUCUGAAGUCUGGGUUCCUGAAGGCUUGAAUGCAUGUGUGUGUGUCUCAUUGUGAUCCUGUUCUUGAGGUGAAAUACUCAUUCUUUCCUCUUCAUUCUUCUUCUUCUUGUACAUUGAGUGGUGUCUGUGUGAGGGUCUGAAGUCUGGGUUCUUGAAGGGUUGAAUGCAUGUGUGUGUGUCUCAUUGUGAUCCUGUUCUUGAGGUGAAAUACUCGAUUCUUUCUUCUUCAUUCUUCUUCUUCUUGUAUAUUGAGUGGUGUCUGUGUGAGGGUCUGAAGUCUGGGUUCCUGAAGGCUUGAAUGCAUGUGUCUGUGUCUCAUUGUGAUCCUGUUCUUGGGGUGAAAUACUCAUUCUUUCCUCUUCAUUCUUCUUCUUCUUGUACAUUGAGUGGUGUCUGUGUGAGGGUCUGAAGUCUGGGUUCUUGAAGGGUUGAAUGCAUGUGUCUGUGUCUCAUUGUGAUCCUGUUCUUGGGGUGAAAUACUCGAUUCUUUCCUCUUCAUUCUUCUUCUUCUUCUUGUACAUUGAGUGGUGUUUGUGUGAGGGUCUGAAGUCUGGGUUCCUGAAGGCUUGAAUGCAUGUGUGUGUGUCUCAUUGUGAUCCUGUUCUUGAGGUGAAAUACUCGAUUCUUUCUUCUUCUUGUACAUUGAGUGGUGUUUGUGUGAGGGUCAGAAGUCUGGGUUCUUGAAGGGUUGAAUGAAUGUGUCUGUGUCUCAUUGUGAUCCUGUUCUUGAGGUGAAAUACUCGAUUCUUUCUUCUUCAUUCUUCUUCUUCUUGUAUAUUGAGUGGUGUCUGUGUGAGGGUCUGAAGUCUGGGUUCCUGAAGGCUUGAAUGCAUGUGUCUGUGUCUCAUUGUGAUCCUGUUCUUGAGGUGAAAUACUCGAUUCUUUCUUCUUCAUUCUUCUUCUUCUUGUACAUUGAGUGGUGUCUGUGUGAGGGUCUGAAAUCCGGGUUCUUGAAGGGUUGAAUGAAUGUGUCUGUGUCUCAUUGUGAUCCUGUUCUUGGGGUGAAAUACUCAUUCUUUCUCCGUCUCUUUGUGGCGCUUCAACAAUAAAGAUAUUAUGAGCUAUUGUGUUUUACUGACCAGGGGGGAGAGACACACACAAUAAGUCGUUGUGUAGCCUAUAGCCUUGAUGAACUAUAAGCUCCUCGAUCAUACCAGUGGCAGAAUCAUUGGCAGUCUUUUGUUUUGUUAGUUUAUUACAAAAGGACAUUCUUUGUAUACAAUAUUUAGGUCAUUUAUAUUUUUUUUCAUCCUACAAAUCAGGCUUUUUUUCGAUUCCCUUUCCUAUUCAUCUUUCUAGACCUGAAUUUGCUUUUUUUUUAUUUUUCUCUUGUUCUCUCUAUUUCCUUGUUUCUCUUUCUCUUUUUAUAUACAAACACAAAAUCUAUUGGCUAUCUCUAAUGGCAAACUCUCUCUCUCUCUCUCUCUCUCUAACAGUGGUACAGACACACACAGAAAAUAUAGGUACUCAUUGCACUCAAAUUUAUUCUCUCUCUCUCUCUCUCUCUCUCUCUCUCUCUCUUCUGGGUCCCUUACUUUCUUUUCUCUCUCUCCUUCCUUCCUUCCUUCUUUUCUUUCUCUUUUUUUUUAUCUUUUCUAUCCUAAAUAAUAAGAAAAAUUGUCUAUUAAUAAAUUACAAAUGAAAAACUGAAUAAUAAUAAUAAUAAUGAUAAUAAUAAUAAUAAUGAUAAUAAUAAUGAUAAUACAACAUCUGGCAUCAAGGAAUUGUUAAUUAUUAUUCUCUUUCCUAAAACAAAACAAAAAAAGAAAAAAGAAAAAAAAAGCAAAGAUUACAUUGGGUUUUCUGAAUACGUAACAAAAAGAAAUUUAGAUAAAGAAUAAAAACCAAAUAAAUAAAACGUGUGUGUGUUUGUGUCGUGCGUGUGCGUGUGUGUGUGCAUGUGUGUGUAUGUGUGUCUAGGAUCAGUUCUUUCGUUUGUGUCGAGUGUUGAUUUUCU